GAGAGCUUUUUUCUUGCAUUUUGAAAUCUGAAGCAAUUAUAUAUUUUUUUCUUUUAACAGAAAAUGUGGAGAAGUGCUUGGAUCCUCGGUAAAUUUCUUGUUAUAUUUUCUUUUAACAAUGCAGGGGGGUACAAUUGCCCAUGGCCUGCUGGGUAUUAUAAAAUUAUAACCAAUGCUACCAACUCAGAUCAGAAACCAAAAAACCUAGAGCUAUCAUCGUUAUAGGAUGUGGAUCCGUUCUUGGAUUAAUGUUGCUCCUUAUCGGAGCAUUGUGGUUGUACAAGUUGAUUAAAAGAAGAAAGGUGAUUAAGCUGAAGCAAAUGUUUUUCAAAAGGAAUGGUGGGCUAUUAUUGCAGCAACAACUUUCUGCAAGUGAAAGCAAUGUCGAGCGAACAAAAUUUUUUGCCUCCAAGGAGUUGGAGAAGGCCACAGACAACUAUCAUGAGCGUCGAAUUCUAGGCCAAGGAGGUCAAGGAACUGUUUACAAAGGAGUGUAGACAGAUGGAAGAAUUGUAGCUAUCAAGAAAUCGAAAGAAGUGGACCAGUGCAGACUAGAAGAAUUUAUCAACGAGAUUGUAAUUUUGUCACAAAUUAACCAUAGAAAUGUUGUUGAGUUAUUUGGAUGUUGCUUGGAGACAGAAGUUCCUCUACUAGUCUAUAAGUUCAUCCCUAAUGGAACUCUCUUCCAACAACUACAUCAUCCGAAUGGUGAGUUUCCUUUUACAUGGGAAAUUCGUUUAAGGAUUGCUGUAGAAGUUGCUAAUGCUGUAUCUUAUCUGCAUUCAGCAGCUUCCGUACCUGUUUAUCAUCGCGACAUAAAGUCUACAAACAUACUUUUAGAUGAUGAAUAUAAAGCCAAAAUGUCAGAUUUUGGAACUUCAAGAGCACUUGCCAUUGAUCAAACUCACUUGACCACUCUUGUAUUGGGAACUAUUGGCUACCUUGAUCCAGAGUAUUUACAGUCAAAUCAGUUCACCGAAAAGAGAGAUGUUUACAGCUUUGGAGUAGUUCUCUUCGAGCUUUUAACAGGGCAGUUUGCAACCCCAGCCGGGGAUGUACAGAAUUUAGCAGCAUAUUUUCGACAGUCAAUGGAAGAGAAUCGUUUGUUCGAAAUCGUUGAUGCUGGAGUUCUCAAGGAGGGUAGGAAAGAAGAGAUUACAGCAGUUGGUAAGCUAGCAAGAAGAUGUUUAGACUUGAAUGGCCAGACAAGACCCGACAUGAAGACUACUGCAAAGGACUUGGAAAUGAUCAGAGCUUCACAAGGAGCUUCUUCUGCCAUUCAAGAAGAAACUUGAAGGGGUUGAUUAUACUGUAGGUUACAUUACUGUGCCAUGGAAUGCUUCAUCAACUGCAACUGGAUAAUGUUAGAAUACUGGCACUGUAUCUGUGCAAAUAGAUAGGCAGCCACAUCUACUUUAAAAUUUCCCUCCGAUGGAAAUGUUUGCCCUUUUCUUCAUUGACGACUCAUUGCAUCAGCUAAUAGAAUAAAUUAUUUUUCCCAGACUUGGACUGUAUAUAUAUGUUGGUAACUAUAAUCUGUCAGUGUUAUUUAUGUUCGUGACCAUUGACAUGAUCAUCAACUGUAUGAAUCAAUAUUUUUUACUCGAAUAAACAUCAAUAUUGCAACUAAUUACCCGAAUUAACUUCCCAGGUCACGUAUUGCAUGUAACACACUGAAUCCUUUCCAG